UCAAACCCUAAACGGUGUAUUUCGAUCAUAUAAAAGACCCAUUUUACUUGCUGCUAUCCCCAUAGCCAAACUGCAUAUAGAAUUCUUCCGCCCUAGGGUUUCUUCGUCCUGCAUCAAUGGGAAAGGGUACGGGCAGUUUUGGUAAGAGGAGGAACAAGACCCAUACUCUCUGUGUGCGGUGUGGCCGCCGCAGCUUCCAUCUCCAGAAGAGUCGUUGUGCAGCAUGUGCUUUUCCUGCUGCUCGCAAGCGCAAAUAUAACUGGAGUGUGAAGGCAAUUAGAAGAAAGACAACCGGAACUGGAAGGAUGAGGUACUUGCGCCAUGUUCCGCGUAGAUUCAAGAGCGGCUUCAGAGAGGGUACGGAAGCUGCACCCAGGAAUAAAGGAGCUGCAGCAUCAGCAUAAGGUUUUGGAAGAAGUUCAAUUUAAUUUCAGUACCCACCUAUAGUUUUCAGUAGGGGUUUUACUCAUCUGAGAAUCAUUUCAUAUAAUUUUGUUUUUUCUAGUUUUUGACUUUUCAUGAUUUAGUUGAACGAUCGCUGUUUCUUUAAAAUGUAUUGUUUGAAUUUUGGACAAAUGAUGAAUCAGAUUGUUCGUAUUCUGCUA